GUCAAUAUGAAAAUGUUAUGCUAUCUGGGGUAAGUUGUGGCCAAUCCGAAGAUAUUGUUUCUUGUGGUAACACUGUGUCUGCAACUGUAGAAAAUGAAUCAUCUGAAGACAGUGAUGACAUGUCAGAUGGCCUUUUAACUAAAUCAUCUGACUCAUUCUCAUUUCUCCAAAAUUUUGAAAUCAUCACACAGUCCCAUCCUACUUGUCUUCUUCUCCAUGCUAUUUACAAAAAUAAAAAAGAACUUAUCCACCAUCUGAAGAUGUAUGCUAUCACAAACCACUUCCAAUACAGAACUAAGACAUCCAAGAAAAUAUGUUUGCAUGUUAUUUGCUUAGAUCCAAAAUGUUGUUGGAGUGUUCGAGCUGUAAAACUACAUGGCGUAACAAUGUUUCAAAUCAGAAGAUUCCGGCCAGUUCACACAUGCUCUAUUGAUUACAGACAAGGCAAACAUAGACAGGCAUCUGCUAGUGUGAUAGCAAAUAUUAUUGCACACAAAUACCUUGAUGCUUCCAAUAAACCAUACCCCCCAAAGCAAAUUCGUGAGGACAUGAGUAUGCAGUAUGGAAUUUCCAUGUCUUACAACAAAGCUUGGAAAGCACAGAAGAAAGCAAUGCAGCUGCAAUUUGGUUCUGAUCUUGAAUCCUAUCAGCUUUGGCCUUCAAUGGCUUAUGUGCUUGAGAAAACAAAUCCUGGCUCUAUGUUUAAUCUAGUCACAGGGAAGGAUGAUGCAUUUUCUACCUUUUUUAUGUCAUUCAAACCAUGGAUAGAAGCUUGGCCCUACUGCAGACCUGUUCUUAUAUUGGAUGGUUCUUUCAUGAAGGCUUACUAUAAAGGCACUCUCCUUACAGCUUGUUGCCAAGAUGCCAAUGAUCACAUAGUUCCUAUUGCAUUUGGUAUUUGUAGUUCUGAAACUAAAGCUUCUUGGAAAUGGUUCUUAUCCAAAGUUUGUCAAUCAAUAAAGUACAGACAUGACCUGUACGUAGUAUCUGAUAGGCAUAAAGGGCUUAUCAAGGCCGUUUCUGAACUCUUGCCACAUGCUAGCCACGGUUUUUGUGUUGCUCAUCUUGGUCGUAACAUAACAUCAAAAUUCAGAGGAUCUGCAGCUGGUUUGGGAUGGAAGUUCAAAGCUGCCUAUAUGGCAGCAACUAUGAAAGAAUAUGAUGACUACUUAUCCAUGUUGGAUUCUGAAGACCCCAGGAUAAGGACUUGGCUAGAUAAAUUAGGUGCUAACACAUGGUCAAAAGUAAUGUCUGGCCCAAAGAGAUAUAAUAUUAUGACAUCAAAUUGUGCUGAGUCUAUGAACAAAGUCAAUGUCUGUGCUAGAGAGUAUUCUGUGUCUAAACUUGUUGAUUUCUUGCGUGAAAGGAUGCAGCAAUGGUUCACAGAGAGGAAAGAUAAAGCUGAGAAAACAAGUACUAUACUCACAAAGAAAUGUGAGAAACGCCUGGUAGCUUUGCAAGCUGAAUCCACACGUAUGAAGGUUAAACCAUCAUGUGCAUAUGAAUUUGAAGUUGUUGACAGUAGAUGGAAGUCCUUUGUGGUAAACCUCAACUCUAGAAGUUGUACAUGCGGCCACUUUCAAUUAGAUCUGUGUGUGUUCAUGCUGUGGCUACAAUCGGUAUACGCCCACACCUUUCAUGUUAUACGUACAUAUCUCCAUAU